GAGGGAGUUCACAGAGUCUUGCGGAAAAGAUGGAUUACGUAUGUUAUCGUGCGAUUUUGAAGCACCCUGUGGCUCUCAGUUAGUUAGGCUCUUUGAAUGAUUCAGCAACAGUCUAAUAACAAGAGUUGAAUAGCUAACCUGUUACACUGUUGUAUGGUAGAUAGAGAAAGAACAACAAACGAAGGAGAAAACCGAAUUAAAUCUUCAGUACUUUUCAUCGCAACAAAAGCGAUCGGCAGAUCUAAAACUGUUAUAGUAAAGUAGAACGAACAAAAACACAUAAUAUCAAAAAAGGGGCAAAUCAAUCAAGAUUCACGGACCCAAUUGUUGUCACUUCGUACACAGAAAUGGUUUCAGAAUCUUAUAUGGAGAAUAAGCAAAAGGCCGUUGCUCGCAAUGAUUCUUCUUCGUCAUCAUCCUCAACAGAUGAAAAUGACUUUAGACACCCUGUACACAAGAAGUUUCACCUCUUUGGCCGUCAUAAAUCUCUUCACGCUGCUCUAGGUGGUGGCAAACUGGCUGAUGUUUUACUGUGGAGGAACAAGCAGAUAUCAGGAGGAUUGUUUGCUGGUGCCACUGUCAUAUGGUUUCUGUUCGAGUGGAUUGGUUAUCAUUUGCUCACUUUUAUUUGCCAUUCUCUCAUAGUUUCCUUGGCCAUCUUGUUCUUUUGGUCCAAUCUCUCCCUCUUUGUUAACAAGAGUUUAAUAGAGUUUCCAAAGAUUGAAUUGCCAGAGGAACUGUGGACGCAAGUGGCUCUCCUGCUGAGGGAUCAAUUUACCUGUGCAUUUGGUAUUUUUCGGGAAGUAGCAUCUGGAAAUGAUUUGAAGAAGUUUCUUUAUGCAAUUUUUGGCUUGUGGAUUAUUUCCAUUGUUGGAAGGUGGUUCAAUCUUCUGACCCUUGUAUACAUCAUAUUUGUCGUGCUGUUGACUGUACCAUUUUUCUAUGAGAAGUAUGAUGAUCAAGUAGAUGCCUAUGGAGAAAUGGCAAUAAAAGAGCUCAGAAGACAAUACAGUCAAUUAGAUGAGAAAGUUCUUCAGAAACUACCAAUUCCUUUCCUUAAAGACAUUAAACAGGACUGAUGAAACUCUUCUCUCAGGCAGAUAUUGCAGCCUUCAACUUAUUUUUGUAUUGGGGAGAGGUGAUGAGGCAAGACAUAGCGCGACUUCAGCUUUCCGAGGACAUGGCUCUUGAUAGUAAGGUGUGGAGGUCGAGCAUUAGGGUUUAAAUUUAGGAGGUAGUUGAGCGUUUCUCUACUUCGUAUUGGGAGUCCGAUAGUGUUUUGUCUUAGACUGCUAGUGGUUCAUGUGGUGUUCAUACUAUUUUUCCGUUUUCAUAGUACCCCAUUGUUACUGGUUAUUGUUAUUGCUUUUUCCAUCUAUUUUCUGGUUCUUAGGAUGCUGGUAUUGUCUUUCUGGUCUCUGUUGUUGUUACUACUGAUC